AGCAAUGAGACUGUUAAAUGAAGCCUCUCAACAGAAUUUGUGAUAAUAAGACCAGCAAUAUUACUUUUGCAUUUUUUUAAUCAAAAAAGAUCACUAAGAUUAAUUUUAGUGAUCAUUUUCAGAUAAAAUAUUACUGCUCAGAGGAACCAUGCACUGAUAAUAGAGCUUGUUAAUUGAACAACACUUGCUUGUCUACUGUUGCUCUACUAAAAACCUUUUAAGUUCAAUUCCAGUCCAGUUUACAGCACUGUCUAGUCACUCUAGUAUGUGAACUAAAGCAUAGACACAUUAUGACUCAAGACUUAGCAAGUUUGGGUGGAGCUCACCAUGCAUGCAUCGCAUGCAUUACAUGCAAGUUUUAAAGGGGAGGGCGCUAGCACUAAUAUUAUUAAUAAUGAUAAUAAAGGUGUGCGUGUGUACGGCUGUGUGUAGCUGCUCUCUCUGUCUUUCUUCUUGCCUGGAGUGCUUCUGAUCCAAUUACUGUUGCUCGUGGGUCACCAGCUCUAUAUCUCUAUCAAAGAAUGAUGUCAAGCAUCACUCUCUUAGUACUCACUCUCCUAGCCAUUACUGCAACAGCAUCACAAAAUUACGGAGGCAUAAAAUCAGAUGAACUGUGCAUAUCACCAUCAGAUCAUUAUCACAACCGAAUCAAGAGAGCAGUUAUUCGAGAAAGGUCAAAGAUAUGGGAUAAUGGAAUUAUUCCUUAUGUUUUCAAAGAUGGAGCAUUCGCCCCAGAUGAAGUAGCUGUGAUUCAUCAAUCAAUGAACGAGUGGAUGAAUAAUUCUUGCGUAAAAUUUAAGGAAAGGACCACUGAAAUGAAUUAUAUUCUCUUCGUAAAAAAAAGUCCUUUUUGUUUCACUCGUAUUGGCAUGACUGGUGGGGUCCAAGAAGUCAAUAUUGGUAUUUUCUGUUUUUACUUUCCUGGAACCAUUGUACACGAGUUGGGCCAUACACUUGGUCUGUUGCAUGAACAUGUAAGGCCAGACAGAGACAAAUUCAUUGAGAUAUUAUGGGAAAAUGUUGAGAGUGGCAAAGAGUUGAACUUUAAGAUUGGGCCUCGAAAAGAAGUACAAAGUUUUAGCGAUGACUAUGACUAUGGCAGUAUCAUGCAUUAUUCUUUGUACGCAUUCUCCAAGAACGGGAAACCAACUAUGAAACCAAAGAGACCAUUCAAUGGGACUAUUGGGCAGAGAGAUACAAUAACCAACAGCGACUAUCUUCAAUUGCGAUACCUCUAUGGCUGCCAAAAAUAUCUUCCUCCAUGUAGCAUCACUGAAGGAAGUGGAGAGUAUUACAAGCACGUAACUCUUUCAAGCGAUGAUGAUGGAGAUGACAGAAACUGCACAGAUGACCUAUUACCAUCUCCCUUUCCAACAGAGGAAGAGGAGACUGAUACCACACCAUCCACACAGCAUUCAUAUCUCUUACUAUCACAAUCUGCUCCUUCCUCCCUCUAUUCCCCUUUCCCUUAUUCCCCUUCCAACUUACCACAGGACACUUUAUCACUGACCACCAUUUCAGAUAUCAUUAACCCAACGACUACCAUUCCCCAUACAGCACUAACUACAAAUCAAGAGCUCUUGCUAAGCAUGCACUCACUGGCUGGAACACGUCAUCAAAAAGAAGCCAGCUCAUUAUCAGCAAUGCUUUCAUCAGUCGACAUAAACACUAAUAAUGUAAUUAUGAUAAGGCCAACACUCUCAACGGUGCUUACAUGUAUGUCACACCCAAUAAUGUCAUCAUGCACUAUGCAAGACCAGCAGACAGACCCAACAACAGCGAUGCAGAAAAACACAGCAAGUUUACUAUCAUCAGUUUCUCAUGAAAUGUCCCCAACUCCAACAAAUGCCAUAUGGAACUCUAUAGCAUCAGGUGAUAAAGUGGCACUAAAAGUUGCUAAUGCCAAUAAUACUUUAACGAUACACUGGAUGUCAUGUUAUCCUGAACGCUGCAGGGUCAAAUGCUGUGAGAAUGAGACUGAAGGCUAUCCCUAUUGUCCUAUGUCACUCUUUACACUGGAAAAAGUAUCAGAGCAGUCUUCACCAUCAGAGCAGUCUUCACCAUCAGAGAUCCGUGUAGGUGAUCUAAUUGUACUAAAGCCUGACCACAAUAGUAAGAUGAUCAUCACAUGCGGCAAAGGGGCAUGCCGAGGGAAAACAUAUUGCCCAAUACUGACAACAAAGAAAUGCAGGAGACACCAUCUUAAAAUCCACUCAUUGAACAAGAAAGAUGGAGAUCCAAUUACACACAAUGACACCAUAGAGUUACGCUUUAACACGCUACCCAAUGAUUACAUUGAGUGCAAUGUAAACGACAGGAGAUGCAAAAGACAUUCAUGUCAUGAUUGCUCAAUGCGGCCAAACUUUAUAAUAGUCAAGUCAUCAUCGACAUGAAGCAUUCUCUUCCUCUCACUCUCUUACAUUAUUAUACAUCAGUCAGUCGGAGUUUGGUUGUUAAUCACUUGUCUAUACAUUUCUAUUUCACAUAUACAUAUAUAUAUUAUAUAUUAUAUAAAUGCUCUUUGUACAUGUUAAGUUUGUAUUGUAGCACACCUCCUCAUGUAUAAAUUUUUUUAUCAUUAAUUAUUACCAAAU